UCUGGCUUCACUGCGCUCGAGUUUGACGUAUCGUCAGUGCAGAAUGAAGCUCCGGGUGAGAAUCAACAAACAGACCAGCAAACUGGAGCUGGACGGACCAGAACCGACUUUAUCUGAGCUCAGUGCCCGGAUCAGAGACACCCUACUGCCGCUAUGUGGACUUGGCUCUGAUGCAGAGUUUAAUCUGUCUCUGAAUGGAAAAGAUACUCUGCUGGACACCGGACAGACGCUCUCCUCCUGUGGGCUUGUUUCUGGCGACAUGAUCAGUGUGAUUUUGCCAACACAAACUGCCCCACAAACCGCAGGCAGCACUGGAGCCGCUCAGCAGAACCAGACAGACACACUCCGAUCCAGCGAGGAGGCGGGUCCCAGCAGCAGGGAGAGAGAUGAUGUGAUGGAGGAGUGGAUGGAGGACGAGUCCGGAGUCUUCGCUCCUCCACCGUUGCUGUGCUGUGAAACUGAUGCUGGUCUGAUUCCUCACACUCUGGAGCGACUACUGGACUCCGCGAUCUGUCAGAACCCGUCAGACUGUCUGAUGCUCACCACACACCUUAUGCUGCUGGAGACCGGCUUUCUGACGCAGGGUUCAAGUGGGACCUCAGGUCAGAUGCCAAUUGGCUGGAGGGCAGCAGGGGGCGUGUACAGACUUCAUUAUGCCCACCCACUUCUCGAGAACAGCCUUGUAUCGGUGGUCGCUGUACCGAUGGGCCAAACACUAGUCAUUAAUGCCGUCCUUAAAAUGGACAAGCAUUUGGAGAGUUCUAGAAAACUGGUGCUGAAACCAGAUGCUUAUGUGACACCUGACUGGGCAGGUGGCAGCACAGAGGUCGUUUACAGAGACUUACGGAAACUCUCUCGUCUCUUUAAAGAUCAGCUGGUGUAUCCACUAAUGGCUGCCGCCAGACAAGCACUGGGACUGCCUGCUCUGUUCGGUCUGCCAGUUCUUCCUCCUGAGCUGUUGUUACGUGUGUUACGAUUGUUGGACGUCACAUCACUCGUCUUGCUGUCGGCUGUGUGCCGAGAUCUGAAUGUGGCUACCCACGAUCCCUCACUUUGGAGACACCUGCUGCACAGGGACUUUAGGGUGUGUUUAGGUGCCGGCACUCAGCUCAGAGACACAGAUUGGAGAGAGCUUUACAAAAAGAAAUAUAAACAGAGGAAGCAGAAUGAGCGUAGGGGCAGAUGCAGGUUUUACCCUCCUCAUGUGCCUCCGAUUUACCCUCUUACCCCCAUCCCACCUGCCCCUCUACCCUUCCCACUCUACCCUCCCGGCAUCAUCGGAGGAGAUUACGACCAAACCCCCGUCGUUCUGCCCCGGCCACGCUUCGACCCAAUUGGCCCUCUCCCCGGUCAUCUCCCAGGUGCGGGCGUUCCCAUUGGGCGGCGGUCUUUGAGGCCUGGUGGAAAUCGUCCAGCAGACAUCAGGAGAGGUUUCAUCUGAACGUCAGCACUUUAAAUACUCCAACAUAAACACGAUGUAAACGAGAACUCAAGAAUAUGCAGAGGAUAAAAUCAUUCUGAUGCUGAUAUUUUCUUUGUGCUCCAUUCAUUCAAGCAGUCAUAGUUACAGGUUUUUUUAAUCGAUACACAACAAUUCAUUUGAUUAAAGGAAAAUUCUGUCAUCGUUUCCUCAUUCACAUGCUCUUCCAAACCUGUUUGACAUGCGUGAAAAGUAUCAUAUUAGUAGUACAUAUGACUUGUGCACUAUAUUUCAAGUCUACAGAAGUCAGACGGUAGCUUAGUGUGACAAACAGACCCAAAUUAAAUUUCAGUCUUAUGUUCAAACAAAGCUUUUGUUUUAGUUAGUAUGAGCAACUUGAGGGUGAGUAAAUGAUGACAGAAUUUUCCUUAAAUUAGACAUAAGAAUAAAGAUGUUGAGGCACAAAAAAAUAACAUUCAAUAAAACGUGCAGGGUUAUUUUAAGGUG